CUUCUUCAUUUCAACGGUGCAAGCGGAAAGAUUCGGCCUGUACGAUCAAUGCUAUUAAUGGAGCUCUAAAGUAUAUGAAGAACGGUAUGCCCGAGUUAGGAAUUCUUCCCAUUGACCCUCUAACAAUUAACGCGCUGUCGAUAGAACACGGAUCCCAGUCCUCGAUUAAUCUCAAACAGGACUUUAAAAAUGUCAGAUUGAGCCACUUAGCGGAUUCAUCUUUAACCAUGUUCAAAUUCGAUAACGAUAACUACAUCAUGAAAGCCGAAGCUGUGACCCCUUUUUUAGAGUUUUACGGAGAUUACAAAAUGGACGGACGUGUUUUGUUGUUGCCAGUGGUUGGUCAAGGUAUCUCAAAUGUAACGAUUCAUGGACUCCGAACAAAACACGAAGCAUUUGGUGAGCUGGUAAAAAGUAGAGAUGAAACAUACAUGCGCAUAAAAAAAUACAAUGUGAAAUUUGAAGAGCCCCAAUUUAUGUCGCUGCACUUCGGUAAUCUGUUCAAUGGUGAAAAAGUAUUAGGUGAUACUAUGAAUAGGAUCUUAAAUGAAAAUUGGCGACUAAUGUUCACGGAGUUGUGCGGAGCCUAUGAAGAUACAUUUGGUUAUAUUUUCAGAGACAUCACUAACAAAAUUUUUCUUAAAGUUCCUAUGAACAAAAUCUUUCUAGAAUAAUAAAAACAUCUACGUGAUAAUCUAUUAUAAGGAGUUGUAAAAAACCAACGGAGACAUUAAAUCAAUCAUUUAAUGUUGGCUUUAGAUAGAGACGGUAUAGUAAACACAGACUGGCGAAGCACAACCAAACGGACUAUCUAAAUGUGGAGCUGACAAACGUUUUUAUAGUGGAGUGUAUUGAAAUCACUUCGCAUUGCUUUAACAACACCAAAAUCGUAUAUUUGGGUUUUAUGUUUUUAAGAAUAGUGUUUCAAUCCAGAUUUUUACGCUACACUGAGCCAAAUAAACUUAAGAAUUUCUUGACUUAUGAACAACACAUGCAUUUCAUAAGCGUGCCUUAUGGAUGAUUUUCGUCCAACAUGAGGUACCUCUUGUACGCCUUUAACCAUUUCAUUUUUCCACGCAUUGAAAGACGAGCGGUCAACACACAGGCCCCGUAAUGUCAACUUUCAUGGUUCGGUUCCAGUCUGCUUCGUUUUAUUAUUUUUUUGUCAACAUUAUUUUUCAUAAUACUAUUUCUUGUGGCUAAAAUGUAUAAGAGUUCUAAUGGAAUUCUUACGUUCUUUUGCCACGUUAGUAAUGUUCAGUUUUGCAAAAAGAUUUCGUGAGUUGACUCUGUUACAAGAGAACCCAGAUAAAAAUAACCAUAACAUUACAAUAAAACAUCAAUCAAAUACAAAAGAUUAUAUUGUUGACAAUUAACCCUAUUGUAAUUAUAUUGUCCUGGUCAAAUGCACAGCCAACAAUAAUUUUAAUAUCACAUCAAAGUGGAUGCACGUCAAUCGUGUCGCAAAUAUGUUGUAAUAUUACUUGCCAAAAAGGACAAAAUUAUCAUUAUCAUUAUCAUGAGCUGACAUUACUCAGUUAAAAUUAUUUUGUAAUUUUACACGAAUUUCCAUGCACAUAAAAUGAGCAAUUUGCAUAAAAUCGAACGGAUUGUCAA